CUGCGCUUCUUCAUACCUUUACAAAUACACACCUGUAACACCGCCAUUGCUCCGAAGCUCGUUUCUCAGCUUUAACACUGUGACAGUGGCCAUUGUUGUGAUACUUUUAAUCCUGUUGGUCAGCCGGUCACUACAAUGGCCGACCAAUCUCCCACCUGGCCCAACUGGUUACCCUGUUGUAGGAUGCAUACCUCUACUGCGAAACAGAAACGUACUUGAAGUGUUUCGAAAGUUUCGAGCAAAAUAUGGCGACGUAUAUAGUUUGAAGAUUGGACCAAACCUCACUGUGGUCAUCAACGGAGCCGAUGCAUUAAAGGAAGCUUUUGUUAAACGGGGGGAUGAAUUUUCCGAUCGACCUGGAGGCUAUUUACAAGAUGUUAUUUUUCAACGCAGAGGUAUUGGUGGAACUUCUGGUGAACACUGGAAACAUACCAGGACAUUUUCGUUGUCAACGUUACGGAAUUUUGGAUUCGGAAGAAGAACGUUGGAAUCAAGGAUCCAAGAGGAAAUAACUGCUUAUUUGGAUGUCAUUGAGAAACAAAACGGGAAACCCUACGACAUGAAGGAGAUGACAGUGUUAGCAAUAUCCAAUAUCAUAUGUAGUAUUACUUUCGGAAAUAGAUUUGAGUACACUGAUGCAAAGUUCAAGCGACUUACAUCGCUUUUUGCUGAGAACUUCCGGUUAAAUUCGGUAGGUGGAGCUGUGCGAUCUUUCCCAUGGGUAAGAUACCUUCCUGGGGACAUGUUCAAUAUUAAGAAAUUGACUCAAAACUUCACCGACAUCAAAGAUUUUGUCGCUGAACAAAUAGAUGAACACCGAAACACAAUUGAAGAAGAUUGCCAGCGCGAUUUCAUCGAUGCUUUUCUGAUACAGCAACAGAAACAUGGCGAGGACGACCCAAUAUUUGAUGACAUGAACUUGACUGCUUCCGUUUUGAAUCUUUUUGUUGCUGGUACUGACACAACAGCUACCGUGAUCCGCUGGGCGAUAAUUUACCUCAUUCAUAACAAACCCAUACAGGACAAACUUCGACAGGAGAUAGAGACAGUGGUUGGAUCCUCCAGGGUUCCGUCGAUUUCCGACAAAUCCAGCAUGCCUUACUAUGAAGCGUUUAUAACAGAGGUUUUCCGUAUGGGAAACAUCGCUCCCCUCUCUGUGCCUCACGGAGCAAACAAGGACAUCCGGUUCCGGGGCAUGGUUAUCCCGAAAGGGUCAACUCUUAUACCAAAUCUUGAUUCCGUUAUGACAGAUCCGGAAUUAUUUGAGAAUCCUGAUAAAUUUCAACCUGAGAGAUUUCUAGGAGAGGAUGGAAAACUCAACGGCAAGGAAAGAGAUGUCAUGGCUUUCUCGUUAGGGCGACGAGUUUGUCUCGGAGAAUCUCUAGCGCGGAUGGAAUUAUUUUUGUUCCUGACAUCAUUGCUGCAGAGGUUUGAGUUACUCCCUGAGAGCACAGACAAUCUUCCAUCAUUCGAUGCGACUUUGGGACUGGCACGAGCGUCAAAGGACUACAGCUGUCGCGCUGUUAAACUGAAGUAAAACAAACACAAAUCAGACAGGAUGUUUAUACAUAAGCUUCAGUUUGUGUGUUUAGAAUUUCAGCAUAGCUUUGUAACGGCUUGAUUAGAAAUGUGUAGAAUGCAAUCACAUGGAGAUAUAUCUACUAGUGAUAGAAUAUGUGUUGAAAUUGCUCAAUGACCUUUAAACGACUGAAUAAUUAAUCAGAAGUAUGAAAUGGCUACCUAGCCGCAUGCCAAUUUUUACUGUUAAACAGUGCAUUCCCGAAAUUAUUUUGCCAUAUUUUUGUAUCUUAAUGAAUAAUACUGUUUUGAGACAGAUCAGGUGCUGGGGAUAAAUUGGACAUAAAACCACAUAAUAAAGCAUGUUGUUUGAGUCGGUGUCACCUUUUAAUUUUAAUAAAUUCACAAUGGGUAUGUAACGUUAUGCCUAAUAUACCGACCUGUUAAGUUAGUGGUAAUAAUAUGCUCGGGUAAUCUGAAAAUGGUCGGACAAUGUUAUCAGUAGGUGGGCGCCAGAUAUCCCCCACAUGUACCAUCUUCGUCCCCAGACAUCCACAGAUGGGACCAUCUUCGUCCCCAGACAUCCACAACAGGGACCAUUUUCGUCCCCAGACAUCCACAACAGGGACCAUUUUCGUCUCCAGACAUCCGUCACAGGGACCAUUGUCGUCUUAAGCUGGGUAACACAGAACCACACCGAACACUUUACACGGACGUUGAACCUCCCGAAUCCCGCAAUUGCGAAUCAAGUUAUAUCAGCCUAAUAAACCAAUCACUCUUGCUGGCUCAGAUGGAAGUGUGCACAGGGUCUUACUUUCGGAGGAAACCACAGUACCCGGAGAAAACCCACGUUGUCGGGCAGGCGAAAGGCAAGUGUGUUCCCACUGUGCCAUCCGAACACAGAGACCACCUCAGUCUAAAUACGGAAUCCAAUUGUUUAUACCUAAUCAUGGUGUUUAUAUGUUUACCUUUUAAGUAUUCGAAAUUUUUGAAAUUGUAUUGGAAAUGUAGUCAUAAAGUUGUUUAUCAAUUAAGACAUUUGGUGAGGUCAUUAUGGUGUUAGACUCACCUUCGAUCGCCCGAGGUUGGUAUUUAGAUUUCUAUCUGGUCGGCAUAACACCAUAUCAACCAAAUAAAAUGAAACUUGUUUGUUUGCAAAAGAA